AUGAAAAGUGACAAGAACAAUCUGUACGGCAUGCUGGAGCUCCUGUCCAUGGAGGGUGUUGGAUGGGACGUUCAGAAAACAUCAAACGGGUUGCAUCAUGGUGGAAUGGUCGUUCCGGACCCGGAGGGCAUGCAGAAGAGGCUGAAUGAGAUGGACGACGUCAAGGUCAUAAAGACCUUCGGAGAGCCUCCCUCGACGGCUAUAACGCCCUAUGCAGGUCUUGCGGCGUUGGACCAGAACGAGCAAGAUGCAGUUCUUGAGACCAUAUCCGUGUCAAACACCGGUUUGAUCUUUGUCGAAGACCCGAGCGGUAAUGUCUGGGAGAUUCAGGGCCAGGAGGGGUUCGAGUUGUCGUGA